CUUGCCUCCCCUCUGAAAAACACACCCAUCUCUCCAUCCCUUUCACACCUUUCCUAUAUAAGAAGAAGCCAUUAGAGAAAAUGCAUUCAAUUGCUUGAGAGACUCUAUCAAAUCAAAAAUAAAGAAUCAAAAUGGCUUCUUGGGUUCGCACCAUAACAUCUCCAUUCAGGAAAGCUUGCACCUUCUUCAAUCACACCAAAGAGAAGAAGUCCCAACCAGUGCAUGGUUCUCCUGGCAUGGAUUUACAUGGGGAAGUGAUGGCAUGUGCAUAUGAAGACGUUCAGGUCAUGUGGUCGAUUUUGGACAAAUCCAAGCCCAGGCUCUGUGAAGUGAGUUCCUGAGCCGAUGGGUGCACCCAUGAUGUGUAGGUUAUAGUGUAUGGUCUGAUGUUGUUGUGGGGAUGCUAAGAAAAGAAACCCCAAUUCAGAGAGAGAGAGAAAAAAUAGAAGGUAGUAGAAAAUAGAAAAUGGCCCAUUCAUCAUGUGGUGGUAGUUAGUUUUUGUUGUAAUGGCAAUUUAUAAAGUCAUUUUAGAGGGAAUCCCCAUGGUUGAUAAAGAUCAUGGCGAGAUUUAAUGAUAGAAUUGUUUUUAUCAGC